GCCCGGCUGCGCGGCCGGAGAUGCGAGCCGGCUGGGCGGCGCGCCGGGGCAGCCAGAGCCGCGCGCCGCGUCGCUGUAACCGGACACCAGAGCGCUCGCCCCCCGCGCCCGGCCACUUUCCAUUCAAUCCGAGGUGCUCGAGCGAGCGAGUCCGAGAAGGGAUCCGGGUGCCGCGGACGGCAGCGCUGAGGAUUCCUUUACAAAGAAACUCAGAGGACCAGGAAGAAAGAAUCACACCGCUGGGACGCUCUAGAAAUUAAAGUCCGCUGGGAAAAGGACUGGAGGCGCACGGAGCUCACCCGUGGCAAGCUGGUGACUUUUCCGCGCUGAUUUCUUCCAACCUCGGUAUUUCCUCUUGGAUAUUAACUUGCAAAUCUGAAGAAAUGGCAUUCCGGGCAAUUUGCGUGUUGGCUGGAGUAUUUAUAUGUUCUGUCUGUGUAAAAGGAUCUCCUCAGUCCCAAGCAAGAGUUUAUUUAACAUUUGAUGAGCUUCGAGAAACCAAGACCUCUGAAUACUUCAGUCUAUCCCACCACCCUUUAGACUAUAGGAUUUUAUUAAUGGAUGAAGAUCAAGACCGGAUAUACGUGGGCAGCAAAGAUCACGUUCUUUCCUUGAAUAUAAACAAUAUAAGUCAAGAACCUUUGAGUGUUUUCUGGCCAGCAUCCACAAUCAAAGUUGAAGAAUGCAAAAUGGCUGGCAAAGAUCCCACGCAUGGCUGCGGGAACUUCGUCCGUGUAAUUCAGACUUUCAACCGCACUCAUUUGUACGUCUGUGGGAGUGGGGCUUUCAGCCCAGUUUGUACUUAUUUGAACAGAGGGAGGAGAUCGGAGGACCAAGUUUUCCUUAUUGACUCCAAGUGUGAAUCUGGGAAAGGACGCUGCUCUUUCAAUCCCAAUGUGAACACGGUGUCUGUUAUGAUCAAUGAAGAGCUUUUCUCUGGAAUGUAUAUAGAUUUCAUGGGGACAGAUGCUGCUAUUUUCAGAAGUUUAACCAAGAGGAAUGCAGUUAGAACUGAUCAACACAAUUCCAAAUGGCUAAGUGAACCUAUGUUUGUAGAUGCACAUGUCAUCCCAGAUGGUACGGAUCCUAAUGAUGCUAAGGUAUACUUCUUCUUCAAAGAAAAGCUGACUGAUAAUAACAGGAGCACGAAACAGAUUCAUUCCAUGAUUGCCAGAGUAUGUCCUAAUGACACUGGUGGACUGCGUAGCCUUGUCAACAAGUGGACUACCUUCUUAAAAGCAAGGCUGGUGUGCUCUGUAACAGAUGAAGAUGGUCCUGAAACACACUUUGAUGAAUUAGAGGAUGUGUUUCUUCUGGAAACUGAUAAUCCAAGAACAACACUAGUGUAUGGCAUUUUUACAACAUCAAGCUCAGUUUUUAAAGGAUCGGCUGUGUGUGUGUAUCACCUCUCUGACAUACAGACUGUGUUUAAUGGGCCUUUUGCUCACAAAGAAGGCCCCAAUCAUCAGCUGAUUUCUUAUCAGGGUAGAAUUCCCUAUCCUCGUCCUGGAACUUGUCCAGGAGGAGCAUUUACACCCAAUAUGCGAACCACCAAGGAGUUCCCAGAUGAUGUGGUCACUUUUAUUAGGAACCAUCCUCUCAUGUACAAUUCCGUCUACCCAGUCCACCGAAGGCCUUUGAUUGUGCGUGUCGGCACUGACUACAAGUAUACCAAGAUAGCUGUGGACCGAGUGAAUGCUGCUGAUGGCAGGUACCAUGUCCUGUUUCUCGGAACAGAUCAGGGUACUGUGCAAAAGGUUGUGGUUCUUCCUACCAACAACUCUGCCAGUGGAGAGCUCAUCCUGGAGGAGCUGGAAGUCUUUAAGAAUCGUGCUCCCAUAACAACAAUGAAAAUCUCAUCUAAAAAGCAACAGUUGUAUGUGAGCUCCAACGAAGGGGUUUCCCAAGUGUCCCUGCAUCGCUGCCACAUCUAUGGCACGGCCUGCGCUGAUUGCUGCCUGGCAAGGGACCCUUACUGUGCCUGGGACGGCCAUUCUUGCUCCAGGUUCUACCCAACUGGGAAGCGGAGGAGCCGAAGACAAGAUGUGAGACAUGGAAAUCCACUUACUCAAUGCAGAGGAUUUAAUUUAAAAGCAUAUAGAAAUGCAGCUGAAAUUGUUCAGUAUGGAGUAAAAAAUAACACCACUUUUCUGGAGUGUGCCCCCAAGUCUCCACAGGCAUCUAUCAAGUGGUUGUUACAGAAAGACAAAGACAGGAGGAAAGAGGUCAAACUGAAUGAACGAAUCAUUGCUACUUCACAAGGACUCCUGAUCCGCUCUGUUCAAGAUUCUGACCAAGGACUGUAUCACUGCAUUGCAACAGAGAACAGCUUCAAGCAGACCAUAGCCAAAAUCAACUUCAAAGUUUUAGAUUCCGAGAUGGUGGCUGUCAUGACAGACAAAUGGUCCCCCUGGACCUGGGCCAGUUCCGUGAGGGCUUUACCAUUCCACCCGAAAGACAUCAUGGGGGCGUUCAGCCACUCCGAAAUGCAGAUGAUUAAUCAGUACUGCAAAGAUACUCGGCAGCAGCACCAACAGGGAGAAGAACUGCAAAAGAUGAGAGGUGACUAUGGCAAGUUAAAGGCUCUCAUCAACAGCCGAAAAAGUAGAAACAGGAGGAAUCAGUUGCCAGAGUCAUAAUAUUCUCUUCCACAGGCCUUAGGCUUCUAGUAACAAAUGCUCUGUCUUUCACAAUCAAAUUCUGGGCAAAGAGUCUUGGGCUUUACUCAUGAGAAAUUCCUGAGAAAGGUGAUUACUCACUCCUAAAGAGAGUUGAACAUGAACUGAAAUGAGCAUGCAUUUUCUUGUAUGAUAUUGACUAGCACGACAUGUCAUGGUCCUCAUGGUGCAUAUAAAUAUUUAACUUAACCCAGAUUUUAUUUAUAUCUUUAUUCACCUUUUUUUCAAAAUUAAGAUGGUGACUACAAAACUAGAAUUGUUAUAUCCCUCCAUUGAACAAGGGCUAAAACCCUAUAAUACUCCUUUCCUGCUUUGGGGCUUUACAUUUCUAAUUGUCAGUGAUUUUAUAUAUAAAAACAAAUUCCACAAUCACAACUUUCCCGUAGUAAAAGUCAGAUAUAU